AUGGCCUCAAAGUUGAUUUCUGGUGGUCUUUUUGCAAUCGCCUUCCUAGGAUGUUUGGUUAAUGCUCAACUAGACACAAAUCAGACCGCUCAGAAUAUCCAUGAUCCACAGCCUCAAACCCCUGCAACGCAAUCUCAGAAUACACAAAGCAAGAGCCACCCAGACACACAGAAUAGACGCAGUUCUUGUGUAGUGGAACAACAGAACAAGAUACAGUGUGGGGCUCCAGGCACCUCUGCUACAGUCUGCAAUGCUUUAAACUGCUGCUUCGAUGGAACCAUGUGCUAUUAUGGGAAAUACGUGACUCUCCACUGCACUAAGGAUGCCCAGAUGAUUGUGAUCGUGUCUAAAGAUGCUACCAUACCCAACCUUGACCUAGAAUCAGUUGGUUUACUUUCUAAAACUGGCAACUGUAGUCCUGUUGCCACCACCUCAGCCUUUGCCAUCUACCAGUUCCCUGUCACUGAAUGUGGUACUGUCAUGUCGGAGGAGGAUGGUGUUUUAACCUAUGAAAAUAGGAUGUUCUCACAGUAUGAAGUUGAAUUAGGACCCCGUGGAGCCAUUACCAGGGACAGUUUCUUUGACUUGUCGAUCCAGUGUAGAUAUACUGGCUCCACAGCUGAAGCUCUGCUCCUUGAGAUGAAUAUACUUCCUUCGCCAUAUCCAGCUGUAGGUUUUGGAAUCCUGAAUGUGGAGCUCAGGUUGGCUAAUGGACAGUGUCAUUUGAAGGGCUGUGCUGAAGAAGAUGUGGCCUACAGCUCUUACUACAGAGACUCUGAAUACCCUAUAACAAAGGAACUUCAGGACAAUGUGUAUGUUGAGGUACGAAUGCUGGGUAGGACCGAUCCUAAUCUGGUGUUGACCCUUGGACAUUGUUGGGCAACUUCUAAAUCCAACCCUUUGAGCCGUCCACAGUGGGACUUGUUAAUUAAUGGCUGCCCCUAUCGUGAGGACCGGUACCAGACAAAACUGCUCAAUGUGGGUUCAAAACUUAUGUUCCCAAGUCAUUACAGGCGCUUCGCUUUCCAGAUGUUUACUUUUGUCUCUACUGGAGCUGCAGAUCCUAGCAAAGGAAAUCAAGUCACUCAAACUGCAGACACUGUGAAUCCUACCUAUGAAAAGGUGUACAUCCACUGCAACGUAGCUGUGUGCCAACCAUCUACUCAAUACAACUGUGAGCCUAGGUGCUUCAGAAAGAGGAGAGACAUUGGUGAAUCUAAGACGUUCACUUCCAGACAAGAGGACCGGACGGUGAGCAGUCAGGAAAUUCAGUUUGUUGCCCUAAGUCAAAGUGUUUAG